CCCAACUCCAAAACAACACUUCCACCACUCUACAACCUCACCACCAACAUGGCAACUCUCGAAAAUCUUGAGGACCUCGAGCGCGAGGAGAAGAACGAUGCGGAGAUGAAAGACGCUGAGUCGGGGGAGAAGCCGGAAGAUGUUCUGGACGAGGAGAUUCUCAACUCCAGCACACGAGACAUAGUAGCACGGCGGAGAUUACUGGAGAAUGACACGCGGAUCAUGAAGAGCGAGUUUCAGCGGCUGUCCCAUGAGAAGUCGUCUAUGCACGAGAAGAUAAAGGACAAUCUAGACAAGAUCGAGAACAACAGGCAACUGCCGUACCUUGUCGGCAAUGUUGUUGAGAUACUCGACUUAGAUGUCACCGCCGAAGCCGCCGAAGAAGGUGCAAACAUCGACCUCGACGCCACUCGUGUGGGCAAGUCCGCUGUCAUCAAAACCUCAACCCGACAAACGAUCUUCCUUCCUCUCAUCGGCCUAGUGGAUCACGAGAAGCUCAAGCCUGGAGACCUCAUCGGUGUGAACAAGGAUUCAUACCUUGUUCUAGACACAUUACCCGCCGAGUAUGACAGCAGAGUCAAGGCUAUGGAGGUCGAUGAGAAGCCGACGGAGAAAUACACUGAUGUUGGAGGCCUAGACAAACAAAUCGAGGAGCUUGUGGAGGCAGUAGUGUGGCCGAUGAAGGAGGCAGAGAGGUUCAAGAAGAUCGGCAUCAAGGCACCUAAAGGUGCUCUCAUGUACGGACCACCUGGCACUGGCAAAACUCUCCUAGCCCGAGCAUGCGCCGCGCAAACCGACGCUACCUUCCUCAAACUCGCCGGUCCUCAACUUGUACAGAUGUUCAUUGGUGACGGUGCCAAGUUAGUCCGAGAUUGCUUUGCUUUGGCGAAAGAGAAGGCCCCUUCUAUCAUCUUUAUCGACGAACUGGAUGCUGUUGGCACGAAACGUUUCGACUCCGAAAAGUCUGGUGACAGAGAAGUGCAGCGAACCAUGUUGGAACUACUAAAUCAGCUGGAUGGUUUCGCAUCGGAUGAUAGAGUGAAGGUUCUCGCCGCUACCAACCGCGUGGACGUACUGGAUCCUGCUCUUUUACGUUCUGGUCGUCUGGAUAGGAAGAUCGAAUUCCCCCUGCCAAACGAGGAAGCUCGUGCCCAGAUUCUUCGAAUCCACUCCCGCAAGAUGACUGUUGACGAGGGUGUCAACUGGCCCGAACUGGCGCGCAGUACGGAUGAGUUUGGUGGCGCACAGCUGAAGGCUGUCUGUGUGGAAGCCGGUAUGAUUGCAUUGAGGUCUGCUCAGACGAAGAUCAGUCACGAGCAUUAUGUGGAUGCCAUUUCGGAAGUCCAGGCCAAGAAGAAGGACACAGUGAACUUCUAUGCAUAGAGGGCUUUGGGCGUCUGCUUCUGUAGCGUGGAACAAGCGGGUCAUGGUUGGAGUUUAAGGGCACUCAUGCCGCAGACUAUAGCGGUUGUACUGAUAUUCGAUAGAUAAGUAUCAAGAAUCAAAACCAUAGCUGGUCAGUC